AUUUGUUACAUUAGUUGUACUAGUGGCUGUGACAGGUCCGAUUUACAAUCCCAAUGUGAUCGGUUACAGUUGAUUAGAAAUGGGUAGAGAAUCGUUUGUUACCCUUGCAACAAAUGAUGAAUACUGUGUGGGUGCACUUGUUUUAGCAGCAUCCCUAAAACAAUCAGAAACGUCUAAAGAGCUUACCAUUCUUGUAACCCCUGGUCUCUCAUCACAGAUGAGACAACUGCUCUGCAGCACUUAUGAUAAUGUAAUCGAAGUACAACCAGUUAUAACCAAAGGCUGGAGUCUGCCUGUUAUUGGUGGUAGAACAGAGCUCAUUGAAACAUUCACAAAAAUUCAGGUUUGGAGUCUUACUCAGUUUACCAAAGUUGUAUUUAUGGAUGCUGAUACUCUGGUUUUGCAGAACGUUGAUGAAUUGUUCAACAGAUCUGGGUUUACUGCUGCACCUGAUCCUCUGUGGCCAGACUGUUUUAAUUCUGGUGUCUUUAUAUUAGAGCCUUCUAUGGACACGUACAACGGUCUUCUACGAAUGUUGUUUGACUCUGGGAGUUUUGAUGGAAGAGAACAAGGUUUACUGAACACAUAUUUUUCCAACUGGUUAGAAGGAGAUAUAUCACACAGACUACCUUGUAUAUACAACUGUAUUUGUCGUAUAUCAGAUGACACAAGUUUUGAAUUCUAUACAAGUAGAUCCGCUUGGGUUCAGUUUGGCGGAUCUGUUCGAGUUGUGCAUUUUGCUGGUCCAAUCAAACCUUGGCAUAAAACAUCCGCGGCCAAAACAUGUAGUCAAGCUGCUUUUCGUACAUUCUUUAAUACUGAUAAAAAUAGACGAUCAAUAUGUCGUGUAGCUGGUAUGCUGGCCUACUGGUGGUCAUUAUUUCUAAUUCUUGUACGACCACAACUUUAUCCUGAUAUGGUAAGUAGAGAAAAUUAUUUAUUUGCUUUCUCCAACCUGUCCGUUUAA